AUGGAUCGCAAUAAUAUAAUUGAGUGCGGUGGUUUUUAUUUUAUACACAAUUUUGAUUCGGGAAACCUAGGACAUGUUGAACGAGUACCUACUGAGUUUAUUGCGCCAGCUGUAAAUCCUAAGACUAAUAUAGCAGAAACUCCUGACUAUGAGUUCAAUUUGUGGACAAGGCCUGACUGUGCUGGUACCGAGUUUGAAAAUGGAAACCGUACCUGGUUUUAUUUUGGUGUACAAGCUAGUGAACCUAAUAUGCAGGUGCGACUUAACUUAAUUAACUUAAAUAAACAAGGUAAAAUGUAUAAUCAAGGUAUGGCACCUGUUACUAGGACAUUGCCAGGUAAACCUCACUGGGAGAGAAUAAGAGAUCGUCCUGUACAUUCUACGGAUGACAACACAUUUACUCUGAGUUUUAGAUAUAGGACCUCAGAAAAUACAAAAGCAACAACAUUCUUUGCUUUCACAUAUCCAUAUUCAUUUGCAGAGCUACAAAUAGCUCUUAACUCUAUUGACUUGAAAAUGUUGCCUCUUCCUUCUCCACAAUCACCUGAUGAAAUCUAUUAUUGUAGGGAGUGUUUGAUUUAUUCAUUAGAAGGGAGGCGUGUGGAUUUAUUAACAAUCACAUCACAUCAUGGUAUCACAACUGAAAGAGAAGAUAGACUAAAAAACCUGUUUCCAGAAAAUCAAGAGAGACCGUUUAAGUUCCAAAAUAAAAAGGUAAUAUUCAUAUCAGCGCGAGUGCACCCGGGAGAGACACCGUCCAGUUUCGUAUUCAACGGCUUUCUCAAUCUCCUGCUCACGAGGAACGAUCCAAUCGCCAUACAGUUGCGGAAGUUGUACGUGUUUAAGAUGAUACCCUUCCUCAACCCGGACGGGGUCGCUCGCGGACACUACAGGACAGACACAAGGGGUGUUAAUCUGAAUAGAGUGUAUUUGAACCCGUCUCUACUGUAUCAUCCAACUGUAUAUGCUUCGAGAGCUCUUAUUAGAUAUUACCAUUUUGGAUAUGAAAAAGAAGAAGAUAUCUGCGAAGAGGGCAAGAGCCUCACUUCACGAAGUAUCCCGAAUAUUAGUGAGAGUUCUGAGAUAGUUGAAACCAAAAAAAAGAAAGGGCUUCGUUCCCCCUCGUACAAAGGCGAGUCCUACAAACGGGAUAAGGCCAAAACAAACAAGUCCUCUGCAGUCUUCAAACAAGUCUCAGUAGAAAGUUCCAGAGAAAAGACACAAUUGCAAACAUUGAGUGGAGAUGCAGCCAAUUUGGCUGAACAGGUAUACGAUAUGAAGUUACAAGAGAUGCCAUCACAAACUAGCGAUUUAUCGUCAAACCUGUCCACCAAUAUAGAGGAUAGCUCCCUCCUCAACGAGACCGCCCUGAAGGCCUGUCUAGGCUCCAACGUACAUUUAGCUUCCAGCGAGGAUCUGAACAUACAUGGAACUAAUCCAUUGAAACCUUUAAGAGAUACGCUGAAAAACAGUAUUAGUUUGCUAAAGGAGUCUACUUCGGUUGCUGACGAGGCGGCGCGCGUGCGCACGGGGUGGUGCGGCGAGUGCGCGCGCGCGGCGGCGGCGCUGGAGCGCAGCGCGCCCGGCCUCGCGCGCCGCCUGCCCGGCUACUGCGCCGCGCGCCUCCCGGACUCGAGUACGUGUCACAGCAUAGAAGAGUACAGAGAACAACAAAGACAACAGAUAGACGAUCAGGAACGAAAACUUCACGAGACAGAGCUCGCUGAAAGUGCAGAGAAUAUUUACUUCUGCACGAAUUGUUUCAAAAGAUACGUUAUGUGUGAAGAUAAUGACAGUAAUGCGGGCGCCGGCGCGCAGGCGGGCGUGUCGGCCGACAGCGGCGACGCGCCGCGCUCGCCGCCCGCGCCGCCGCCUGUCAUACAACCGCCAGUAGUCAAAGAAGAAAAUCCCAAGUCAGCGCCGAGCAAGGUGAAGAAAAAGGCCGCAACCGCGCCCACCGCGAGGGAGGACGACUCCGGACUCUACUUGUACAUAGACUUACACGGACACGCCUCUAAGAAAGGCAUCUUCAUGUACGGCAACCACUUCGAGGACCUGGAGAGCUGCGUGGAGUGCAUGCUGCUGCCGCGCAUCAUGUCGCUCAACAAUCUACACUUUCACUUCUCCUCGUGUAAUUUCACCGAGAGGAACAUGUAUCUCAAGGACCGGCGCGACGGCAUGUCGCGCGAGGGCUCCGGGCGCGUGGCGGUGCUGAAGGCCACGGGGCUGGUGCGCUCCUACACGCUGGAGUGCAACUACAACACGGGCCGCCUCGUCAACGUGCUGCCGCCCGCCGCGCGCGACCCCCCCGCGCCCGCCGCGCCCCCCGCCGCGCCCCCCGCCGCGCCCCCCGCCGCGCCCCCCGCGCCGCACGACGCGCCGCCGCCCAAGUACACGCCGCACAUAUUCGAAGAGGUGGGGCGGUCGCUGGGCGCGUCCAUCCUCGACCUGACGGGGCAGCACCCCAACUCGCGCGUGCCCUGCUCCGAGCACCGCACCCUGUCCGCCGUGCGCGACUGGCUGCGCGCGCACACGCGCGCCGCGCGCCCGCAGUUGACAAUGUCACGGCUGAGGCCCAAGACGUCGUCCCCCACGCGCAUGCCGCUGUACGCGCGCUCUAAGGCCAAAGUAACGGACGAGCGCAAAGAGAACGCGUAUGUUGGAGCAAAAACCGAUGAGAAGAAACGUAUCCCACCUCUCCUGCCGCAGCGCUCCGGACACGACAUUAUCAACAUGAACAUGAAGUUUGCUAAGAAAAACGAGCCAGUCAAAACGUCUUCCCGAACUAGGUACUUGGCAGAAAAUGAGCCCAAGCCGAAAACUCUGUCCACCAAACGAAGGAACAUACUAGCGAUCCGCAAACCGAACACCAGCAAAACGCAGGUGAGUGGUAUCGUCAAGGCAAAAGUGAGUCGUCGCGCGGCCGACGACGGUGAGAACGCGCGCACCUCCAUAUCGUCCAAGCUGAGCAAGCGCAGCUACUCGCGGUCGCUGCGCGCGGGCGCGGCGGGCGCGGGCCGCGCCUCCUCCUCCUCCGAGGAGCUGGGCGCGUGGGAGGAGGCGGGCGGCGCGCCCGACCCCGUCGCCGCCAAGCGCAGGCCCUUCCCCAACCCCGCGCCCUCGCACCUCAAGAAGAUCCGCUUAAAGACGGCCUUG